CGUGCGGCCCGCGCCACUGCUGCCCGCGGACGCCGCGGACCCCCGGAGCUCAUGGCCCAGGCGAAGAUCAGCGCCAAGGCCCACGAGGGUCGGUUCUGUCGCUCCUCGUCCAUGGCCGAUCGCUCCAGUCGCCUGCUGGAGAGUCUGGACCAGCUGGAGCUCAGGGUUGAAGCUUUGAGAGACGCGGCUACUGCUGUUGAACAAGAGAAGGAAAUUCUUCUGGAGAUGAUCCACAGCAUCCAGAACAGCCAGGACAUGAGGCAGAUUAGUGACGGAGAAAGAGAGGAGCUGAAUCUGACUGCAAACCGCCUGAUGGGACGGACCCUCACUGUCGAGGUCUCAGUGGAGACGAUUCGGAACCCCCAGCAGGAGGAAUCCUUGAAGCAUGCCACGAAGAUCAUAGACGAGGUGGUCAAUAAGUUCUUGGACGACCUGGGAAACGCCAAGAGUCACUUAAUGUCACUCUAUAGUGCCUGCUCAUCUGAGGUGCCACCUGGUCCGGUUGACCAAAAAUUCCAAUCGAUUGUAAUCGGUUGCGCCCUUGAAGAUCAGAAGAAAAUUAAGCGGCGCCUGGAGACUCUGCUGAGAAACAUUGACAACUCCGACAAGGCCAUUAAACUGUUAGAACACUCGAAAGGAGCCGGUCCCAAAACUCUGCAAAACACCGAUGGCAAAGUUAAUUAGUCUUCAAACCCACAGGCCCUUUACCAAGGCUGUAAAAAAGGGGAAAAAAAAACCACUAUUUUAAAUAACUAGUUCUUUACGUUAGGCAUAACCACUUAUACCUCAUACUGACGAUUGUUUCAGAUGAGGGAGUAUCCCGGUGUUGAUAGACACACAAAUAACCCCUAAAAAUAGACGUAUUUCAGUCGCUGACUCAGAAGUUUUGGACAGCAUUCCUGUCUUGAACUGGACUUUAGGGCUGUAUAUUUUAUUUCUGAAGAUGCGCACAUAGUACUUGGGAAAAUAAAUAAAGGGGAAACACAUCA